AUGUUCUUCUCAAGAGUGAUGUGCAUCAUAUUUUCAUUUCUUCUUUAUUCUGAAAGUGCCUUUAUAAAAUCACUAAUUUACAGGAGACCAACAGUGUGUGGGAUGUAUAAUCGUCUAGGUAUUUGUUCCAGAGAGUAUUUUCCAGUCUGUGGAACCAAUCGCCGUACUUAUAUCAACAAAUGCAUUUUCUGUAUUGCAUACAGAGAAAGUCGUGGUUCCAUUAAUUUGGCACGUUAUGGUAAAUGCUGA